CGCAAAGAAAGCGAGUAUCCCUCCCACCCAGGCCGUGGUUUCUCUACACUCUGUGUCCUGGCCGAGUCCCUCUCCGCGCUCCCCAACCCGGCCCUCGUCACGCCCCAGCCCGGUCCGGCCCGGCCCCGCAGUCAUGGAGCGCUGGCCUUGGCCAUCGGGCGGCGCCUGGCUGCUAGUGGCUGCCCGCGCGCUGCUGCAGUUGCUGCGCUCAGACCUACGUCUGGGCCGCCCGUUGUUGGCGGCGCUGGCGCUGCUGGCCGCGCUUGACUGGCUGUGCCAGCGCCUGCUGCCCCCGCCGGCGGCACUCGUGGUGCUAGCUGCUGCCGGCUGGAUCGCGUUGUCCCGCCUGGCGCGCCCUCCUCGCCUGCCCGUGGCCACUCGCGCGGUGCUCAUCACCGGUUGUGACACUGGUUUUGGCAAGGAGACAGCUAAGAAACUGGAUGCCAUGGGUUUCAUGGUGCUGGCCACUGUGUUGGAUUUGAAUAGCCCUGGUGCCCAAGAACUGCGUGCCUGCUGCUCCCCUCGCUUAAAGCUGCUGGAGAUGGACCUGACCAAGCCAGAGGACAUCAAGCGUGUGCUGGAGUUCACCAAGGCUCACACCACAGGCACUGGCCUGUGGGGUCUGGUUAACAAUGCUGGCCUCAACAGUGUAGUGGCCGAUGUAGAGCUGUCCCCUGUGGCAACUUUCCGAAACUGCAUGGAGGUGAACUUCUUUGGUGCACUUGAACUGACUAAGGGUCUCCUGCCGCUCCUCCGACACUCAAGGGGACGUAUUGUGACAGUUGGCAGCCCAGCAGGAGACAUGCCGUAUCCCUGCUUAGCAGCCUAUGGAACCUCCAAGGCAGCUGUAGCACUGCUUAUGGACACAUUUGGUUGUGAACUGAUUCCCUGGGGUAUCAAGGUCAGCGUUAUCCAGCCUGGCUGCUUCAAGACAGAGUCAGUGACCAAUGUGAACCUCUGGGAGAAGCGCAAGCAACUGCUGCUGGCCAACCUGCCUGGAGAGCUGCUGCAGGCCUAUGGUGAAGACUACAUUGAGCACCUGCACGGGCAGUUCCUGCAUUCACUCAGAAUGGCGGUGCCUGACCUCAGCCCGGUUGUAGAUGCCAUCAUUGAUGCCCUGCUGGCAGCUCAGCCACGCCGCCGUUAUUACCCAGGCCGUGGCCUGGUACUCAUGUAUUUCAUUCACUACUACCUGCCAGAGGGCCUGCGGCGCCGCUUCCUGCAAAACUUCUUCAUCAGCCACUGUCUGCCCCGAGCACUGAGGUCUGGCCAGCCUGGCCCUGCUCCUGCUCAGGACACACCCCAGGACCCAAACCCUUCCCUAGUGGCGGCUAGGUGAGCCACAGAUGGUCUGACUAAGAGCUCCAGCAGAGAGGCUCCAUGAGCCCUUGGCUCUCUUUCCUAGCCAUUAUAAACCUCUCAAGCUCGCCCUAGAACAGCAGUUUUUAACCUGUGAGUCGUGACACCUUUGGCAAAUUUCUAUCUCCAAAAAUAUUUACAUUAUAAUUCAUAACAGUAGCAAAAUUACAGUUAUGAAGUAGUAACAAAAAUAAUUUUAUGACUAGAGGUCACCAUAUCAUGGGCAACUGUAUUGAAGAGGGCACAGCAUUAGCUAGGUUGAGAUCCGCUGCCCUAGAGUUUGUGUUAAGAAAAGCCCAGACUCUACUGUUGAUGCUUAGUCCAGGCCGUGGAGGCUGAAGUUUGCUAGGGAGUCUUUGAACCUCUCUGCUCUUCCAUGAAUUCACACAAACCCUACCGGGCAUAAUGCUCCACACCGAAACUUGGAGAACCCAGCUCAGUGGAGAGUUUUAUGCAAGAUUAUCUGUAGCCUUUGAUCAGACUCAAUAGUGAUUAGGCAGGUGGGUACCUUCUCAGGAUUGUCUUGGCACCAAUGCUUUGGCUCUGAAAGUCCAGAGUAAAUCCCAAUUGCCUAUUGCCUGACUCAAGAGUCAGGUCCUCAACUACCUGCUCCCAAACCACAGGGAAGCUGCAUAUUGUAUUUGCCUGGUUGUUGGCAUUUUAAAAUAAAGACACGUUUUUAUGUCUCCUA